CUUUAAAGGCAACUUCUGUUGGGCUGGCUAGUGCAGUUCUCUUUUUUGGCAGCACAUAAACAAACACCAUAAAUGCUCCUGUCAACAAUUCGAGGGACAGCAAUGUAUAUGGAACUGGGAAAUCAAUUGUAAAAGAAGGAUCUCACCCUUCACUCAUAAGAGGCUUUCUCCCCUUUCUUCAUCACACAAAAUGCAGGUGUUUUUCUCUCCAGUGUUUCUUGUCCUUCGUAUCUGAAGCCUCCUCCCUUUAUUGCUGUGUCACAUAUAAGAAUGUUUUGACUUUCAAGGGCUAGCAACCCUGUGAGAUCACCAUGUUCCACCUUGUGACAUCAUCAAGCCCCAAGUCAGGGCUUGCUUUUGUGGGCAGUAUUCUUGGCAACAGGUUACCAAUUCUUGCCUGCUUGGGUGAGCCACACAACGGACCUCCAGCCCAAAAAUGGUUAAAGUGCUGGCAUCCCACAAAAGCAAGCCAAUUUCUAUUGGUUAUCACACACAAAGCACAACAAGGGGGGCUUGCUUUCCACAUGGCUGGCAUGACGUGAAGGGAGUCAAGCAAAAUGGACAUCUAAAUCCGUUAGUUUUGUGAAUUUGCUCAUUUCUUGAUUCCCUAGAUUCUCUUUGGAUUGGGUGUAGCAUCAUGUGAUAAGCAACUGCGAAAUGGUCUCUAAAGCCCUGAAUGACCAUGCAUUGCCACCACUUUAACCCUCCAAUUUCCCUCGUGUGAUAAAGUCCAACAAGCCAGAAGUCAGGACUGAAGGAGAAACUAGGAGGCAAGGACAAGGCAGGUGGAACCAACCCUACCCUCAAACAAGAUGAAGCAGCCACCUCAGACAGACCACAGACUUCAGUAUUUUAACAAUGGAUCCCAAUCUUUUUUCACUUCCUUCCAGUCAGAGCCCUUCAAUAUACAGGUCAAUCAACAGCAGCAAGAAAAGACAUCUACAGCCAACUCCCACUCAUCUCCCCUCCCCUAAAGAUGGAGGAAGAAAAUUUUCCAGAUGACUUCCGAACAUAUAAAGGAAGAAAUUGGCUUCAGUCCAUCCAGAGGCCCACCUUCCAUGUCUAUGUGAUGCUGGCUGUGUCCUUACUUCUGAGCACUACCUUUGUGAUCGUGGCUGUUUCCAAAGCAACAACACUUUCGUCAGAAUUGAGCGAACUGAAAAUGAAGUUCCCCAAACAAAAGCCUGGACUUGAUUCUGAAUUGUUCCCAUGUGGUCCCAAUGCCAGAGAAUGGGAGUAUUGCAAUGGAAAAUGCUACUACUUCUCCCUGCAGAAAACUUCCUGGAUGGACGCCAAGAUCCAAUGUGCAGAGAGGAAUUCACAUUUGGCCAUCAUUGAGAAUAUAGGUGAACAGAAUUUCCUUCAGAUCAGAACCAGGCAUGAGCGUUAUUGGAUAGGACUCUCUGACAUAAAAGUUGAAGGACAUUGGACAUGGCUGGAUGGCAGAGACAGCCUCAGCGGCUUCACAUACUGGGCACGAGGGGAGCCCAAUAACGAUGGUGGAAGAGAGAACUGUGCACAUCUGUGGACUGACGGAAAAUGGAAUGAUGUCUACUGCACCUAUCCAUGUUACUACAUCUGUGAGAAGGCUGUGCUGGGUACAAGCCCUGAACACCAAGAGAGGAACUAAGCAUCUCUAUUAAAUGUCUCCAAGGCACAGAGAAAUCAUUGGUCUAACUAUCUGCUUCAGACCUUACUGUAAUACAUGCAUUUGGAAAGAGCAGUAUUGCUUUCUUGGGACAAUCAUGUACAAAGAGGCAGCCCCGAUGAUUAACUUUUUAAGUGCCUUAAAUCGAAAAUGAUUUCACCAGUUUGGGGAUGGGGAAAGUAAUGACUGAUUUUGAGUUUCCUUGCUCAAAAUCUACUGUGGAGGCACUGCUUGUAUUUUACUGAAUUUGAACUUUCUGCAGUUAAACCACAGAGUUAUAGUAGGUUAUCCUUUUGUAUGAUUUAACAUGUGGCUUGAAAUAUUAAUUUAAAAUUUUCUUCUUUACUUUUUCAUAUUUGUCAGUUGUAUAUUUUAAACAGUUCUCAAAAGCUGCCAUGUAUCCCUGAAAGAAGGAAAAUUUCAUGGAACCUAAGUAAUUUGCUCCUGGAAGUAAAUUGCCAUAUAAAUAUUUCUGCAGCCACAGCUUUCAGUAAAUUGCUUGAUGCAA